CUUCCAUCCUCCUUCUCCUCCUCGACACAUAUCUUCCCCAUCUGCUUUCCUUCCUCGAUUCCAUUAGCAGAAUCUUCCUACUCUCUCUCUCUCUCUCAUUCUUUCCGCCCUCCCUUCCCUUCAGCUUCCCUCCGUCUUGCAUCCGUUACCGCCUGACUUCCCAAACGGUCCCGGUUCAUUUCAAUGAUAGCCCCGCCCUAGGUGCUCAGCGCGCCAGGAGGACGCAGAAAUUUCUGUUCUAUCUCACGGAGUACUCUUGACCCCUUCGUAUCUCCCCGUGUUGUAGAUGAAUCUUCAGUUUUCCUUCCUCUGUCUAGAUGACGACCCAUCCACCAGAUGAAGCUCUUCACUUCCGCGGAAAGACCUUGACCCCAGAAAGCCCACGCCCGCUUCACGUCGCGGAACCUGCCAACAUUCCAGUUCUUCAGAACCAGAUGGAUCCUGUCUUCAAUGACACCUCUACAUAUGGGAAAUCGGAAUCCGGCCAUGCAACGAGCCAGCAUACGUAUCAUGGUGAUGGCCGCAUGUCCUACAUGCCUUAUGCAAUAUCUGCCGAUAAUGCGAGGGUAGAAACCGGAGGAGAAAACCCAGAUUUUGCCCAGGGCCAGGAACCAGGUAGUCUGCACAGUGUCUCUCAGCAGGACAAUGGAUCACUGAACGGGAACAAUGCAAAUUUUUCAGAUGCUAAGGCAGAUCCCCUGUCAAAUCAAGAUGCGCCUGCUGUGGCCGGAACAUCGGCUGUCCAGGGUGCAGGGAACAGCAGCAAUACAGCUCUAACCGCUUCUCCUUCCGACCCUUACCACCACCAUAGUGACGCUACCCAUAUGCCAAACCCCCUCCCCAAUGAUCCUCCCCAGACUGCUUCCGAGAUACCCAGCUCCGCGCAUACCCAGCCUCAGGGCGCCUCUGGUGCAAGCGAGGUAGAUACUGCUGCGACCAGUUCGGCAACCCCCCCAGCGCCGCAGGAUCAACUAGAGAGCCGCGAACAAGAAGAUAAUCCGUCGAACAACUCUGGUGAAGAUGGAGUUGACUUUGACAAUCUCCUCAAUAAUCUGUCCCGACCACCGCCGACCGCGUCCUUCCCGACGGCCAGUGUGACUACACUUUCAGCGGAAGACUCUCAUAUCCCUCAAACUCCAAGCGACAGGUCUCAUCGUACCCCUUCGGGGCUCCCCCCUCGCCCACCUCCCCAAGAAAAGCCUUCUAUAAACCCCAAUUAUUCUCCCACUAACGAUAUUCGCUCAUAUCAUAACAUUCCUCAGAGUUCCUCUAAUGCAGCUGCACAAUAUACCAACCAGCAAAGUAAUUUCCAUGGAGGCCAGGGACUACCUCCGUUGGCUGCCGCGGGUGCGCCCGGCACGUCAUCUGGCACAAGUUCCUUGCCCCCUCCCCCGGUCGCUAGUUUCCAACAAUCACAGUCUCCUGCAGCAGAUUCGCAAGAGGCCUCUGACCAGCUAGUCCAACGGAAUGGUCGGAUUGAUAGGCAGCUUGGGCGGCACUCGAAAUCCGACGAGGAUACUCCUUGGGGUCCAGAGGUACAGAAGAAAUACGAUGAAUUUCUUCACGACGAAAGAAUCUAUGUGACGGAAGGUCUCUGGGACCGGUUCCCUCCUGGUUCCAGACUGUUCGUUGGGAACUUACCCACUGAAAGAGUGACGAAGAGGGAUCUGUUCCACAUCUUCCAUAAAUACGGCAAAUUAGCUCAAAUAUCUAUUAAACAGGCGUAUGGCUUCAUUCAGUUCCUCGCUGCUAAUUCUUGUCACCGAGCCCUUGAAGCCGAACAAGGCGCUGUGGUGCGAGGCAGGAAGAUACAUCUUGAGAUCUCAAAGCCACAAAGGAACACACGUCAAGGCCCUCCACCUGCAGAUGCGCCAAGAGGUUCCCAGUUGAGGCGUUCAAGGUCGCCAGAUUACGGACGGGGCGGUCCCAGCAGUCGCGGCUCACGCCCCUUAGGCGAUCGUUACGAUCGGUCCGACUCUGGAAGAUUGCCAUUUAGUGACUUCAGGGACGAGCACCCCCUUCGCAGGCGCGAUGAUUAUCGACCACCACGUUCGCCAUCUCCCCGAGGAUUCCGUGGAAGGGACGAAUACAGAGCUAGAGACAGGGAUAGGACACCGCCAGAAAGAUACGAUCGACGUGAGAGAAGGCGCUCUCGGUCACCAUACAUCAGGGAUCGAAGAUAUCGAAGUCCGAGCCCAAGACCUCGCAGCACGUACGACAGCGACUCAGACUUACCCGUACCCAGACGAGCUGCGAGGGAUGUGCCAGAUAUACAGGUUCUUGUUCUUGAGGACGUUGACCGAAACUUCGUCUUUCAUGUAGAGAAUUCCUUCCGCAACCGUGGGCUGCGAGUGGACGUUUUGACUCUUGGCCCGCGCAUUCCACUUUCUGCGGCUGUGCAACGCCAAGUCAAUGAGGGUGUUCGUGCUAUCGUCAAACUCUCACGUUCCAAUCAGUUUUCGGGGAAGGUCUCCUUGCAACUAAUUGAUCGAACCGGCGGCCCCGGCAAUAUUCGUUUUAGCGAUUAUCCCGACCUUGAUAUUGGCAUCGCGAUCGAGGUGGUCUUCCAUGCCCAGUCCCUACAACGCAGUGGUGCGCCUGCUUUCCCUGUGAAUCCGGCUUUCGGUGUUCCACAAAUUCCAACAGUACCCGUUUCCCAACCUGCGUUGUCGACACUGCCGGCACUGUCAACUCCUCCUAAUGUUGCGAAUCUAAUCACUUCUUUGGAUGCUCCUACGCUCCAGUCACUCUUGGCUACGCUUCAGCAGCAACAACAGCAGCAGCCUGUUCCUACUGCACAGCAGCCCUUCCCACAGGCGAAUAUACACCCCGGCGCUGAUCUUGCUAGUCUUCUGAGUAGCGCUACGCGGCAGCCACAACCGGUGCAAACCAUUCCACAACAACCUACUUUACCAUCUCGGUCACUUCCCGUCCAACAACCAAAUGCCCCUGUAAUUCCCGAUCCUAACCUGAUGUCGCUCCUAGCUAAGGGCCUAGGGGGCCAACAACCGCAGGGCCGAGCCCCCGUUGGACCUAAUGUUCAGAACAUAGUGAACCAGCUGGCGAAGUGGAAACAAUGAUUUACGACUCACCUUUUUUUCUUAUUUUAGAAUCUUGAGUUCCGGCGUUGACUACUUCAGAGGUCGCAAGGAUGAUAGGACGGGUUUUAGUGGCCUCAUAAUGAUCCAAUGGAUUGGUGAAUUUACAUCCAAAGUGAAUGUAUGCAACCAGGGGUGUACUUUUGUGGAUUUAUUCCGAGAAUGGUAAUAUGGCGUUAAAUUCUCUGACUGGUUUCCCGGUACAACGUUAUAUAUCCUCCGGUUAUUUAUUGGGAGAAUUGAAGAUAUUGAUCACACUAAUCCUAAUAUCUUCCCAGUUGUACAUUGAGAAAAGGUCCUUGAAAUAUUUCGGUUAUAGACAUGGAAUUGCUAUUCUAAUCUUGAACAUUAAAGAAUUGUAUACAUAUUUGCAUGCAUCAUGACGAUAUUCUAGUGGUACAGUGGAGUUAAUCCUCAAAAUAAAUUAUACAGAUAGACGUUUUUAAGUCCCUGCCAAAUGUGCCUUUAUUCCUAUCCUGGCAGUCUCCUCUCGCCGUAUUCGCUUUUCCCCUCGCGACCUCGAGCACCGCGUCGUUGCACCGAUUAAUUAGACGCCCGCUGUGCCUUCAACUCCGCAACGGUUGCCGCAUCCUCCUUCUUGAUCCUCUCAAUCGUUCGAUCUCGGUUAUAUUCCAUCACGCGCUUUUCUUUAAAGUAUUUUACCUAAUAGCCAGGUGAAUUUUUCAGUCAAAAAUUGGUUUUUUUAUUGAGUCUGUAGAUUCCUAGAACCCGGAAUUCCUAACACAUACCCAAGUCUUCGAGCAAGCAUUCUCAAAAGCAGCAAUCUCCUUCCCGCAUUUCCGCCGUGCCUCCUUAUCGUUUUUUAGGGAGUCAAUGAUGUUGCUAUCGUCUAGACAGUUGAAAAAGAGAUCCCGGCUUUCCCAGCAGCGCUGGCGGGAUGUUCGGUCGGGAGCGAUCUUGCCGCCGUCUGAGGUUUUGUCAGAGUUCGAGGACCAGAGCCAGCCCAUCUUUCUGUUUUGCUCGAUGCGUUUUUUCUUUCUUUUUGAUGUAAGGAAUGGUUAAUUGGAUGGUGUGCAGCUGUACUUUCUUUCCUUGACUU